CCAGAUUAAUGUAACGCUAGAAGAUGAACUUGUAAACCGCAGAGGAAGAGUCUGUUGUUACUGAUGUUGGAGAGUAAACCGUUAUCAGGGUCCAACGGAGAUGGCAGGUAGGAGGAGGCUGCUGCCCUGUGUGGGUCUGGGGCUGCUCGCUGUCCUCUGCUGGGUGUGGGUCUCCUUCGCCUCCCUCUCCGGAGACCAGCUUCACCUGGAGGACCGGGGAGCCUUUCUGCCGCAGAGCGCUUUGUCGGACAUGGAGUUCGCCUCCGUGGCCUCAUACCGAGGGCCGGGGAACAGCGACCGCCGCAGCAACAGGGAGCUGCCCAUUCUCCUGUGGUGGAGCGGAGGGCUGUUCCCCCAUUUCCCAGGGGACACUGAACGCAUCGACUGCGCCACGUCCUCCUGCCUGGUGACGAGCAAUCGCAAGGUCCAGCUGUACAAGAGGACGGCAUCCAUCAUCUUCUACGGGACGGACUUCAGGGCGUAUGAGGCGCCGCUGCCCCGCCUGCGCCACCAGACCUGGGCUCUUUUCCACGAGGAGUCGCCCAUGAACAACUACAUCCUCUCCCACGCACCGGGAAUCCGGCUGUUUAAUUACACGGCCACGUUUCGCAGGGAGUCCGACUACCCGCUGACCCUGCAGUGGCUGCCCUCCCUGGAGUACCUGCUGGAGCCCGUGGCUGUGCCUCUGGAGGAGAAAAGGCGCCUCAGGGGGCAGGGCUUGGCCCCCGUGCUUUACAUGCAGUCCCACUGUGACGUGCCGUCGGACAGAGACCGAUAUAUCCGCGAGCUCAUGAAGUACAUUCAGGUGGAUUCUUAUGGGAAGUGCUUGAACAACAAAGCCCUACCGGAGCACCUGGAGGACACGGCCACCGCCACCGGCGAGGAGCCCGGAUUUAUGAACUUCGUGGCACGCUACAAGUUCCACCUGGCCCUGGAGAACGGCGUGUGUCCGGAUUACAUGACCGAGAAGCUCUGGCGGCCCCUCCAUCAGGGCUGCGUCCCCGUCUACCGAGGCUCGGCGGUGGUGGCCGACUGGAUGCCCAACGACCACUCUGUGGUCAUCGUCGACGACUUCCCCUCACCCAGAGCUCUGGCCGACUUCCUCAAGCGUCUGGACGAGAACGACGACGAAUACGUCCGCUAUUUGGAGUUCAAGGACCCCAGAAAGAUUACCAACACUCGUCUGCUGGAGGGCUUGGAGACCCGCGAGUGGGGAGUGAACGACAUGAGUAAGCCCAACUACCUAAACGGGUUCGAGUGUUACGUGUGCGAGCAGGAGAACGCCCGGCUGGCUGCAGAGAGGGCGCACAGGAAAGCCCCGGAGAGAAAGCCUCCCCCUCAGCCGAAAAUGGCCGCCAACUCCCACAUGGGCUGCCCACUGCCCAGCCCGGGGUACGGAGACGUCAAAGACCUGCCUGCAGACGACGGAUGGUUGCAAAUAUGGCCUCAGGAUUACUGGCAGAGCCUGGACCAGGCUGAGGGGCUGGAGUCCCUGAUAAGACACAACGAGUCGGACCCGUCUCUGCUGUGGAAGCACAUCCAGAACAUCGCUGUGAGCAGAGCCAGAGGAAAACACUGACACAGGCGGUGAAACAAACGGAGCCUGGAGCCCGUCCAGGACCACCGGGCGCCCCGUGUCACGCCUCCCCCUGCGUUUAAGCCAGCGGUCGACUGUUAAGUCUCACGACCGAGCCGGAUCCCCUUCACAUUUAUGGAUCACGGUGUUGUGAGAAAAGUAUUAAGACCCUUGAAGCUUGUUAAGAUUUUAGUCACAUUACAACAAAAACCUUAAUUAUCAGGAUGUUACGUGAUAGAGCAAGAUGAAGAGUGGCAGAGUUUUGAAGUGGAAGGAGAAAGAUAAACCGAUUGCAACAUUUUUACAAAUGAAAGUCUGAAAAAUGUGGCAAGGAUAUGUAUUCAGCCCCCGUUAAAUGAAUCCUCCUCAGAACCGCCUUUUACCCCGGCUUCAGGUCAUGUGAGGCCGGUCUACCAACUUUGCACGUGUAGAGGCUGAUCUUUUUUUAACCGUGUUCUGCCUUGAAGAGAUCUGAAGUUUGUAGCGGAUGGAUAAUCCGUGAUUUCCAAGGCUUGCCAAAGAUCCUUGAUUUGGACUCAGAUCUGGACUUUGAAGCCUCUAACAAGGUCGGCCCUCAUGUUUUAGAUGUUCCCCCCCCGUUAAUCUCACCUGAACUGAAUGAACAGUUCAUUAGCAUGCUUCUUAAGAGCUCAGUGCGCCUAGAAAGCGAUUCAACCAGUUGACGAGCGGCGUUGGAGCAGGAACACGUCUGAAACACGGAGGACGACAACCCCUUGAGAGCCGGAGUUCAAACAGCUUUUAGCCACUCCUGCUGUGUAUUUUGCUCCAUCUAUCUCUGAGACGCUUCCCUGUUAAAGUAAAGCGUCUCAGCAUGAUGCUGUCAACAUCUCCGUGUGGAUGUCACGGUCAAGGCGAUGUACGCUGCGAGUCGUCGUCCACACAUGGUGUUUUAAGAAAAGUAUUUUGUACACGGCUCAGCGCAAACUACCAACAGGAGUUUUAUGGCUUUCCUUUAUAGUCAUUUUAAUUUUCUUUCCCAUAAAAGGCCAGAUUUGAGGAGCGCACCUUCCACCUGAGGUAUGGAUCUCUGCAGCUCCUCCAGAGUUACCACGGGACUCUCUCCUAGACUUUGGCUUUGCCCAUCAAGCGGCUUGUAAAGGCAGUCGGUUGCACCGGAUUUUGGAAAAAGGGUGGUUCAGCUAUUUGUGCGCGUCGCCUUUUCACAGUUACGCUGCGUCGGUCUAUCAAAUAAAAUCCCCGUAUAACACAUUGAAGCAUGCGGUUGUGACGUGAUAGAAUAGGAACAGGUUCAAGGGUCGGAAACACUUUUUUUUUUUUUUUUUUCUUUUUCAAAGAAGUGGAGCGUAUUUACAUCACAACAGGUUUUCAUUUUCUAACCAAAAUGACACUUGUAGGGGGGGAAAGUUUGUGUUAGAUGUUUGUCCAACCUUAUGGACAUUAGCGUAUUUUCUCUGCUUUGAGUGCUAAGCAUUAAAUGUUAUCUGUGCAGCUGGUGCAGAGAGGCAAAUGCUCCUGGAAAGCUGCCGCCUUUUUUUUUUUUUUUUUUUUUUUCUCCUCUGGACUGGAGCCGAGCCAAAAGGACUUGUCCUGUGCACCCAAGGAGAUCGGCCUAACUGUGUGUGAAGACCAUCAAGGCAGCAGCCAGCGGACCGCGCGUGCUUCUUUAAAGUUAAUCUGCAGGUGGCCGAUGGCUAUUAGCCAGAGACCCAUUUAUGCACUUGAAGUGACAGCGCGCAGGGGAAGACGCUACUUUGCAAAAGGAGUUUGAGAAAUGAAGAAGCGCAACUUCGCAGGAGGAAAUCUCUGCACCAGUGGUUGUUCUUCAAAGCCGAGCCACUCUGAAUUCUGGAGAUAAAUACUUUAUAUUGUUGCCCAGACCUCCUUUUGGUCGCAUCGCACUAAACUCCUCCUCGUGCAAUAAUUCUCAUUCCUGCUCGACUGAGAACGUGUGUUUUCAAGCACGCCGUUUUUUGUAGAACAUUUAUACCAGGGUUUUUAUAAAUCAUUUUAUUUUGCUAGCAAUGCAUUGUACAUUUCAACACACUAUUUUCUAUAAAGAAGAGUAAAAUAAAUGUUUUUUUUAACAAA